GUUACAAAUGUUAAACAUGUUUUAAUUGGAGAAUAAAUUGCAACCUUCCAAUAUGGCUGUGUUGUGAAAAUUAAUAAAACCAACCUGAUUUUUUUCCCAUUUUCGUGCUAUAAUGAAGUUGUCAAUUUGAAAUGAUAAGCCCGAACCAACAACAGAGGAGAUGAUGGGGAGACAAGGUUGGUUUAUUCUAGCAGUGUUGUUGUAUCUAGCAACAUUUGGCGUGUAUGGCAUAUCCCUCAUCUUUUAUGUCAUUCUGUCAAUUAUAGGUGCUCUGGCAGUAGCCUACUAUUACGGUAUGGAAGAAUCAAUGGAAAAGUUGAAAGAAUUAAAGAAUAUGCUACUAUAUUCCCCAGGAAUUCUUAAGGUGAAACAAAAAAUGGAGGGUUCAUUUAAGAUUAAAAAGAUGGACAAAAGGAUCACAGGUUCUAGUGUGAUAGAUGAAGUGUUACAGUCUGUGAUGGAGUAUAUAUCUCGAGAUUAUAUAAAGAAUUGGUACAGAGAUGUUAGUGACGAUGAUCUAUUCUUACUGGAAAUACAACAAUGUGUUCAAAAAGUGUUCAUCACAUUUUCACAACGAUCUAAAGAUGUUGACUGGUCACCAUAUUUUACUCACAGGAUUGUUGAUGAUUUAGCUUCUCAUAUACGAUUAUAUGUUAGAGCCAUGGAGAAAGCUAAAGUGGCGAAUAAAGAUGAAAGAGGACCAUUAUUGGAGCAGAAUUUUUUUGACCUUGAGAUUAAAAUGGAAGUUGACAUAUGUCGAGACUUGGUGUCACUGUCUCCUGAAGAUGAAAGACAAUAUUUACAGGACCUGAGUGAUGUACUUUUAUUUCUUCUCCUACCAACAGAAGACUAUAACAACAAACCAUUUAGAUAUAUAAUGAGAGAAGUGUUAGUGAAUGGUAUAUUUAUACCAACCAUAGAUCUCCUGUCAGAACCGGAUUACAUUAAUUCCUAUAUAGCCUGGAUGUGUAAAAAGGGGUCAUUGAUAAAUGAAACGUUUAUGUUUGUGAUACGGACAACAGAUUCAAUUGACGAGCUAUGCUCAGUCAUUGAACAAUUAGACUGUGAUAUUGGUAAAUGGCGCUCAAAGGACUCUGGAGGAAGUGAUGAUUCUAUGAUCAAGCAGAAUUUACAAAGUUUGUUAUAUGUAAAGGAAUUAUGUCAGCAGAAAAUAAAACGUCUACAACAAGGGAUUGUUGACACGGAGUUUGCACCAGAUGUCCCUGAAUACUGUCGUACUAGAUCUCUCUUUGUUUUAUCAUUAGAUGACAUUAUCCAAAAUAAUAUAGCAUUAACAGUUUUUAUAGAGUUUAUGACCAGUGUUGGUGGUGAGAACCUCAUAUAUUUCUACCUUAAUGUCGAGGGUUUCAGGACAACAGCCGAGCUACAGGUGAAGGUGAUCAGGUGUAACAAUGAGAACCCAAAUAUAUCCCAGUCCCACCAGGACCUUGAACCAUUGAGAAAGGCAGCUACACUCAUUUACAAUCAGUAUUUAUCAGAAAAGGCACCAUCAAGGAUCAAAAUAGAGUCAGAUAUAUUAAAGAGAUGCCUAUCUUACAUCAAGAGUAAAUCUUUGAUUGCCGAGGUGUUUGAUGAAGUUCAAGCUAGGGUUUACCAGCUACUUCAUGAAAAAGAAUAUUAUGAGACAUUUAUCCAAAGCCCGGUGUACUUGAAACUUUUAGAGGAACUCGGCUUCUCAAAUGACAAGAAUGACAACUCUGAUGGUCUUAGUUUAGAAGAUGAUGAAUCUAUCAAGUCUGAAGAUAUUAAUGAUAUGAAUGAUUCAUCAGAUAGUACAUCUACAUCAUCAUCUCUGUACGACAACAAUUCACGAUCCAAUUCUCCUUAUACAUCCAACAAUACUUCAUUCACUAUAAAAGCUCAAAUUUCACAAACAGGUAUUGUUCGGGAGUCAGAAAAGUCGGGUAAAUCAUAUGCAGUGUUUUCAAUACGAGUGACAAAGAUUUUGUGUGAUGAUGAAGAAAUUUGGGAUGUAUAUAGAAGAUUUAGUGAUUUUCAUGACUUGCAAAUGAUAAUGUCAGAAAAGUUGCCACAUUUUCAUGGACCAAGCCUCCCACCCAAAACAUUUUUAAAGAAAACUGGUGAAGAAUUCCUGGAGAAAAGAAGAAAAGCACUAGACAAUUACCUACAGACAUUAUUAUCACCUAAACUUUGGGAUCAACAUCCACGGGUGAAAGAGUUUGUGCUAAAAUUUCUGGCACCUGGAAUGUGGGAACGACAUAAAAGUGAUUUAGCCAGAAAGAUGGACACAAUAGUUAAUCCAUUAAAAACUGUUGGACAUGCUGUGAUACAAAUGCCUGAAAAUAUCAAAAAUAUUUCCCAUGAUGGGCUUUCCAGAUUACGUGGGGACUCAUUGAAGGGAGGUUCAUUGAAUCAGGGAACAAAAGUUGGAGCUGGGCUGGACCCAGAAAUUGGUGAAAACAUUCCAUUACGUAUCAUGCUUUUACUCAUGGAUGAAGUGUUUGAUUUGAGAUUAAAGAACCAGUGGUUGCGGCGACAAAUUGUUCGUGUUCUCAAGCAACUUAUUAAGGCAAUACUUGGUGAUAGAAUGAAUAAGAAAAUUGUGGAACAUGUUGACUUCAUGACAUCUGCAGAGCAGGUCGCAGAGUACAUCAAAGCUUUUAGAGAUUCAUUUUGGCCAGAGGGUGUGCUAGCAGAGCCGAGACCAGAGAGGGAUCAUAAUACCAAAAUGAGGACUCGUGUUGUGUGUAGAGCUAAAAUGUUAGGCAGCAUUCCAGAUGAAUUACGUCAUUUCCUCGGUUCAGACACAGCGCGUAUUGGAGUGACACGAGUGUUUGACAUGUUCCAAUAUCGAAGUUUAAACCGACGUCUUGUCUACGUCGUGUUAGAGGGAGUUAUUGAGACAUUGUUCCCCCAAAAUAAAUUCAAGGAAUUAUUUAGAAAACUACAUUCACAGUCGGACCGAUUACGAGUCGCCAGUUCCAGGAAUGAGUCAGAAAAUCAAUCAUCCACGAAUCGAGGAUCAAAAACUUGAUGUUUAUUAAGUUAUAGUGUAUAAUUUAAUUUCAGAAUAUGUUGUGAAGUUAGUUAAUGUAGAUUAAACUUUUAUUUAUGAUGUUGUGGACUAUGUGUUUAGUUGAACUGCUUACAAAGGUGAGCUUUUAUUUUGUGGUUGCCUGAUGUGUGUUAAAGUCCGUCUCUGUCCACAAUUUCUUCUCCCCAAACACUGGGUAGAACAAUUAGAUAAAUUUGAUAGCAGUGUAGCUUUGAUAUUUUUCUACAAAAGUAUACAGAUGAAUCCUGUGAUGUCAUUAAGGCUACAAAAUAUAUUUUAAAAAUGUAAAUUUUCGAAACCUUAUUAAACAUAUGAAAUAUAUAGCAGAUAGAACACUGUUUCCUCUCUUCAUUAGUUAAAUAGAUCAGGCAACCAGAUUCUAUAUUGGCUCACAGUCUUUACAGUUUGUUAUUUACUCAGGUGAGCAAUAUAGGUCCACUUGGUUUUAAAUUGGGGUAAUCACCUAGUCUUUUGAGAUCAAUAUAUGGGUAGAAGUGAAAUUACAAGGGUUGAAUAAAAAAUUGUAUGUUUUUAUUUAUUUAAAUAGCAUUCUGCAGUUUUGUAAUUGUUGUUGAUAGGUAUUAAAGGUGCCUACCUGUGAUAAGCUUGUGGUAUUUGUCAUAUAACAGUCAUUGCUGUUAGUCUAUCAGAGGGUAAGUCUGUUGUCACGAUCAUUAUUUUCAAUUGAUGAUUCCUUAAAUAUGAAUUUUCAAAUUGAUAUUUUUUCAAAUCAAUGUAAUUUACACAUUCUAUUUAAAAUUGGAUGAUUUUUUUCAAAUUACAAUGUAUUUCAGUUUUCAAAUUACUAGUUUGCCUGCUGGCAGCUACAGAAUUUACCCAUGUGACCAGUGCAUACCAAGAUGUAGCCAGCAAAUCCUUACCAUCUGAUAAUGGUCUAAACCGGUCACUAUUAAAACAGUACUUAAUUUGAAAUUUUCUCUAAAAAUGAUGAAUAGUUUAGUUUUAAUUAAAAGAUGGACUAUUCCACUAUUCCAUUCCAUCUAUAUCAGCUUGCAAAGUGUGAAUAGAUUGUUUAAUUGAAUUGAAUAAUUUUCUUUUAUCAAAUUAGCACAUUAUUUAACUAUUAUGGUAAUUAAAAGUGUCUCUAAUUUUCAGUAAAUUAAACAUACCUUAAAUAGAAUUUUUUUUUUAUGAAAAUUAAAGGAACUGGCUAUUUUAUUGUUUCUGUAUAUUCUUAAGGCUUACUCUUAAGCCUGCGUUAAGCCAAAAAGGAGAGUAGAGAUUUCAGAAAAACAUGUUUGGUAACUCAUUACUUGUAAUAUUGAAAUACUGACUUCAUAUAAACAGUUGAAAGCCUGUUAACUUUAAAGAUCACUUGGAAUAGACAGUUAAAACCCUGUUAACUUUAAAGAUUUCUUUAAUAGACAGUUUAAACACAGUUUACUUGAAAUAGACAUCACAAAAUCAGGGUCUUGAUUAUUGCAUUUAAAUUAGGAGGCAUUGUUAAAGUGUUAUUAAAGUUUUAAAACAAUUCUUUCCUUAUAUUAAUGCUUUUUAACAUUCUUGCUGUAGGAUAAAUAAUCUGAUGUGUUUGUAAUAACUUUAGAUGGUUUGUAAGUAUUUCUUAUUACCAUAUAUAAUUAUUUUUAUUGUGAGAUAAUUUAUUUUCUCCUGUUUUUUUUUUCUUUCUUUUGUUAAGUUUAUUUCUAGGCCUUUAUUUCUAAAGUGUUCACAGCAUAUGAAGUUUUGAAUUAUACACAUAUGUAUAUACUCAGCGACAUUCCAAUGCAUUCAAUAUACUUUUUCUAUUAGAUGUUGAUUAUAGAAUCAGAGGUUAUUUAUUGCCUGAUUAAUUGUGAUUUUCAUUAUUUUGACUGCAGGUUAGAUAAUGAUUUUUACCUAUGUGGCUAGAUUAGAUUCAGGCUAGCCUGACCAUAGAUUUACCAGAUGAUAUACUGUUGACUGCACAUUUUAUCUUUUAAAUAGUAACAAUUAAAUUGACAAUUAAAAGUUUCCAAUUUUAAACAAGGUAACCCUUCAUACAAAUCAACCAAAAAUUAAUGAAACAAAAGAGGCUUUUUUCUACACAGAUUUGACAUUGAAAGUAUAAGAUGAAAGAUUAUAAAAUUUGCCAACUUUGUUGGUCAGUAAAUGUUGUAAAAUUAAUUAUUGCAUUAAUCAAGUCCUGUUGCAACAAUAAUUUAAUUGAUUUAAUUGAUUAUCUUUAAGAUAACUGAUUCAAGCAUGAUUAUCAUACUUAUUAAAGAUAAUUUGUAUACGUUUUGUAUGAAAGUAUCAGAUAAUUUGACACAUUAACAAUGAAAACAAAAACAAA